CCUGAAGAACUGUGCACCCCUACUGAUCCUGGCCCAGUGUUCCUUGUGCUGGAGUGUCCCCACGAGGGAUUUGUGGAUGCUGUCUGUGAAAAUGAGACCUUCCAAAGGUACCAGAAAGGCCUUCCUGACAGCAAGGUAGCCUUGGUUAUUCACAUGACUCCAGAGUCAGUGCUUCGAGACAAGCGCUACCAGCAAUGGCUGGAAAGAUUUGGACCUGGAACUCAGCACUUGGUGCUCAAUGAAAACUCCUCCACGGUGCACAACCCACGCAGCUACAAGAUCCAAACUCAGCUGAACCUCAUCCACCCAGAGAUCUUCCCUCUGCUCACCACCUACCAGAGCAAGGAAGAAGAGGCUGCAUGUAGUGUGCCCAUUGUGCGAGGAGAGUGCCUCUUGAAAUACCACUUCAGACCACAACAGGAGUGGCAGAGAGAUGCGGUGACUGUCUGUGAUCGUGACGCAUUUGUUAGUGAAGCCCUGGGUCUUCGUGACUUCCAGACUCGUGUGAAGGAGUGCAAAGAGAGCCUGUCUGCUGUACCACGAAAUGUGCGUGCUUAUCCUGAAAUUGUGUUCUUGGGAACAGGAUCUGCAAUUCCUAUGAAAAUCCGAAAUGUCAGUUCCACACUGGUAAAUACCAGCCCCUCCAGAUCCCUGCUCUUGGACUGCGGAGAAGGAACAUUUGGACAGCUGUGUCGCCACUAUGGAGAGCAAGUUGACCAAGUGCUGUGUAACAUAGUAGCUGUUUUUGUGUCUCACAUGCACACUGAUCAUCAUUCGGGGUUGUUGAACAUCCUGAUGGAGAGACGGAGAGCUUUUACAGCUCUUGGUCAGGCUUUCAGCCCUGUGUUUCUGGUAGCGCCUGAACAGAUAAUGCCUUGGCUAUAUGAGUACCACAACCACUGUGAAGAGAUUCUUGGAGACAUCAAAAUGAUUACUUCCCAGUCUCUUCUGAAGGGCUGUGAGAACAUCAAGCCUAAAGCCAAAUGGUUUGUCAGUUCUCUGUUAGAGAACUAUGACUUGGCUGAGUUUCAGACUUGCGAAGUCCAGCACUGUAAAAAUGCUUUUGCAUGUUCAAUGAUCCACAAAUCUGGCUGGAAAGUAGUCUAUUCUGGUGACACAAUGCCCUGCGCGGCCUUAGUACAAAUGGGUAAAGAUGCUACCCUGCUGAUCCAUGAAGCAACGUUGGAAGACGGCAUGGAAAAAGAGGCUAUAGAGAAGACACACAGCACAACCUCCCAGGCAAUUCAGACUGGGAUGAAGAUGAAUGCAGAGUUCAUCAUGCUGAAUCACUUCAGUCAGAGAUAUGCUAAGAUCCCGCUCUUCAGUGAAGACUUCAGUGAGAAAGUUGGAAUUGCAUUCGAUCAUAUGAGGGUACGUCUUGGUGACUUCCCGACCAUCCCAAAGCUGAUCCCGCCUCUGAAGGCUUUGUUUGCGGAUGACAUAGUAGAAAUGGAGGAGCGGAAGGAAAAACGGGAGAUGCGGCUUCUGAAGGAGACUGCUAUAGUCUUGGACAAACUGGCUGGUGGGGAGAACAAGGAAGCGCCUUGCCAGAAACGGAAACAAGCCAAGAACCAUCAGGAACUACCAAACAAGAAGCUCAAAACAGUGAACUGA